AAACUGCUUUGUGGAGGACGGAGAAGUCGAGAGCCCGAGGAAGAGCAAACAACCAGCCAUGGCUCCAAGGAAAAGAACCACCAAACAGCGGAAAAACAACCCGAAGACGGCCAAGCUCGAAGCCUUCCUGGAGGAUUUCGACAGCGAGGUGAAGACCAGAGUCGGACAACUGAAGGAGAAGCUCAACCAGCUGCUCAAAGAUGUUGACAACAGCUACAACAUGGCACUCAUCAAGCUCCCCAAGGCUAUCAGGCAGACUGCCUGGCUGGACCACUGCAAGGCUGAGAAACCUAAGUCACCAGAAGUGGAUAAUACAAAGAGAGAAGAGGAAGCUGCUAUCGUUGAGAGUGUUGUAGCGGAGGACCAUGCAGUCCUUCUGAAAUCAGUCAAAAAAACAUACAAGAAAAAAGGUGCAUCCAAAUCCGGGUCAGAUGAUGAGAACAUCCCGAGCACAACAAAGAGGGGAAGACCAGCAAAGAAACCUCCAACUACAUCAAAGAGAGCGAAGGCACUGGCUGUCAGUCAGCAGAAUACCUCAAUCAGACGAUCAACCAGGAAGCCAAUGAUUACUCCUGCUCGGAGUAUGAUGGAUUCUUCUCUGAUGAUGGGUGCUACCCCUCUGGUCACGCCACGCUUUGACCCAAGGCUGCCCAAGACCCCCGCUGUGAGAAUCCCCCGCCACAAAGAGAGGGUCUACAGCAUCUCGGUCAACGGCUCUCCCAUCGCUGCUGGAAACGAGGACAUAGUCAUCAACGUCCCCAUCGGCAACGGAGAGAGUGUUCAGCUGUUGGCCAGUCAGAUGGACUCUGUGGACCUGUCACUGCUGGAUGAAAACGCUCUGAGGAGCAUCAGACUGCUGCAGACUCGCCUCACAACCCUGUGUGGAACAUCAGAGUGACCCAACACCUGACGCUGACUUGUACAUUACUUUUAUCAAAUGUUGUCUCUAUUUGAAAGCUUUGCGUCCUCCUGUAUGACACAAUGCCACUUUUUUUUUACUGAUAUGUGAGAUUUUAAAAGAUAUAUCACACACAGGUCUCUUCAAACCAAACACUGAUUGGAGUGUAUCCAGUUAGUGAAAGCUGUCAGAUGUAUAAAUGCGGGUGGAAAUGUGAUAUCUUACUACUUUGUGAAUAUUUUCUAGUUAACUUACUGACUUCACCUCCUCCACACAGUCAUGUCUGCUUCUUUUUUAAGCGUUUUGAGCUCUUGUGUGGAACUCUGUCUCAUUUUAGCAUAGUCUUUUAUUCAUGUUUGCUUCAACUUCAGCUGUGUUUACUGUCCUUGAAAGACCUUUGACAGACCUGUACUCUUCAGAUAUAUUUCAAAGUUGAUUCUGCAUCUUCAAUACAAGCAUAUUCUACUAUUUUUGUCUGUGUUACAUGGUGCUGUUGAAUCAUCCUGUGUUUUUAGAAAGUAAAUCAGCUUGAAGUUAUAUUUUUAGUCCAAAUUCUUCUUCUUCUUGUACAGACUUUAAAUCUUUCUCUACCUGUAAACUGAUAAAAGAUUUAGACCACAGCUCUA